AUGUCCGAGUCCACUCAAGAUGAGCUCUCUCACAUUGGAUCCACACACUCUGCAUCUGCACCGGUGGAAUCAUUCAUGAUGGAGUCUGCACAGGUCCAGGCUGCACUUUUGGAGUCCACACAGACUGACUCUUCUCACCUCAAACCCACACAAGAUGAGUUUGCCAAGGGCGAAUCUGUACAGGAGGAGUCUAUGCUUGAGGAGCCUGUGCAGGCUGAGGCAUCCCAGGUUGAAUCAACGCAAGGCGAGAACACAAAUGAGUCUGAGCAGGAGGAAGAGUCAAUGCCAAACGUUCAGUCUGAGACCUGCCACCCUAGAUCUGCGCAGGCUGAGUCCUCUAAGGCAGAGUCUGUGCAACCCGAGUCGUUCCAGGGUGAGUCCGACCAAGUGGUACCGGUUGAAAAAAAAACUGAAGAGGAGAUACAUGACUCAAGUCCAGGUCCUAUUCUUCAAGACCAGGAAGAGGGAACAGAACAAGCUGGAAAGUGAUCCACAUCGCUGCUUCGUGGUCCACUGAUGAGCCUUUUUGUUUGAAUAUCCUACAUUCAUCAUUGCAUGUGUGCCUCAAUCA